AUCUCUAAUAAAUUUGCUGUGUAGUUGAUCUAAUUGAAGUGUUAGUAGAGAUGGGCACUAGCAGCAGUGUCUUGGAUAAGUCUCUCCUUGAUGAGUAUAGUGCUCUUACAUAUUUAACGAAAUCUGAAAUUAUUCGUCUGUAUAAAUUCGUUUGUAAAGGAAAUAACAGUAAUGUAAAUGAUAUAUGUCUUACUAAAGAAGAUGUUGAUAAAAUUUUUCCCCAAUUAAAGGUGAAUCCCUUCAGAGAUCGAAUAUUUAAAGUUUUUGCAGACAAUGAAAAUAGCAUGUCAUUUGAGAAUAUUUUGGACCUUUGCUCUGUGAUGUCUGAGAACUGUCCAGAAAAAGUCAAAGCUGCAUGGGGUUUUAAAAUAUUUGAUUUUGAUGAGGAUAAUGAAAUUGGUAAAGAUGAUCUGAAGAACAUAAUACAUUUAUUAACAACUCAGACCAAUUCCAGUGGUCAUCAGGGUUUAUCUGAUAGCGAAAUGGAAAGAAUUAUAAAAACUUUGAUUGAAGGUAUGGAUUUGGAAGAGAACGAUUACAUUGGACAAAUUGAAUUUACUCACGCACUGGGAAAAUUAACUGAUUUUGCUAGUUCUUUUACAUUUAGAUUUUAACUUUCUUAUGUUAUAUUUAAGAUAUUCCUAAAUAUAGUUUCACGUACAGAUAAAAUUUUCAUACGAAUUUAUUAUGUUUUCAAUAAAAUUUGUAUAAUUUUA